UCCCGGCGUGCCGCGCGGGGCGCGCCGUGCGUGCCGAGCAGGCCGCAGUGCGGGCCGGGGCCGCGGCGAUGCUGGAGGAGGCGGGCGAGGUGCUGGAGUCGGUGCUCAAGGCCUCGUGCCUCCCGCUCAGCGUCCUGCUCUUCGUGCCCGCCGUGCUCCUGCUCCUGGGGCCGCCGCCCGCCGCCGAGGCGGCGCACGAGUUCACGGUCUACCGCAUGCAGCAGUAUGAGCUGGGCGGGCAGCCCUACGGCACCAGGAGCGCCGUGCUGAACACGGAGGCGCGCACCGUGGAAGCGGACGUGCUGAGCCGCCGCUGCGUCAUGAUGAGGCUGGUGGACUUCUCCUACGAGCAGUACCAGAAGGCUCUGCGCCAGUCAGCCGGGGCUGUGGUGAUCAUCCUGCCACGAUCCAUCUCCUCUGUCCCCCAGGAUGUCGUGAGGCAAUUCAUGGAGAUAGAGCCAGAAAUGCUUGCUAUGGAAACCAUUGUGCCAGUCUACUUUGCAGUGGAAGAUGAGGAGCUGCUGUCUAUCUAUGAGCAAACACGGGCUGCUUCUGCAUCACAGGGUUCUGCCUCAGCUGCAGAAGUUCUGCUGCACACAGCAACUGCCAAUGGCUUCCAGAUGGUGACCAGCGGGGCUCAAAGCAAAGCUAUCAAUGACUGGCUCAUCCCCAGUGUGGAGGGAAGGCUGACAGGGCUGGGUGGAGAAGACCUGCCCACUGUUGUGAUAGUUGCCCACUAUGAUUCCUUUGGAGUGGCUCCUUGGCUGUCCCACGGGGCUGACUCCAAUGGCAGUGGAAUCUCAGUGCUGCUGGAACUGGCCAGGCUGUUCUCUCGGCUCUACACCUACAGAAGGACCCAUGCUGGGUAUAACUUGCUGUUCUUUGCAUCUGGAGGUGGCAAGUUUAAUUAUCAAGGAACUAAGCGGUGGCUGGAGGAUAAUUUGGACCACACUGAUUCCAGCCUGCUGCAGGACAAUGUGGCGUUUGUUCUCUGCCUUGACACUCUGGGCAGAGGCAAUAGCCUUCAUCUUCACGUGUCAAAGCCUCCCAAGGAGGGCACCUUGCAGCAUGCAUUUCUGAGAGAACUGGAGAUGGUUGUUGCCAGCCAGUUCCCAGAGGUGAAGUUCUCCAUGGUGCACAAGAAGAUCAACCUGGCAGAGGACAUGCUGGCGUGGGAGCACGAGCGCUUCGCCAUCCGGCGCUUGCCGGCGUUCACCAUCUCGCACCUGGAGAGCCACCGGGACAGCCUGCGCAACAGCAUCAUGGACAGGAGGGCACGAAUAGACACUAAAGCACUGACCAGGAAUACUCAGAUCAUUGCUGAGGCUUUGACAAGGGUCAUCUACAAUCUGACAGAAAAGGGAGCUCCUGCAGAUAUGCAGAUCUUCACAGAUCAGAUGCAAAUCCAGCAGGAGCAGCUGGAGUCAGUGAUGGACUGGCUGAGCAGUCAGCCCAGGGCUGCCCAGCUGAUUGAUAAGGACAGCACCUUCCUCAACACCUUAGAAUAUUACAUGGGACGCUACCUGAAGGACGUCAAGCAGCACCACGUGAAGGCAGACAAACGGGACCCCGAGUUUGUUUUCUAUGACCAGCUGAAGCAGGUGAUGAAUGCAUACAGGGUCAAGCCAGCAAUCUUUGACCUGCUCCUGGCUGUCUGUAUUGCAGCCUACCUUGGUGUUGCCUAUGUUGCAGUGCAGCACUUUGGUCUCCUUUACAAGAUGAUCCAGAGAUUAUCCCUUAAAACCAAGCAGCAGUGAAGCACCAAGUCCCCCCACCCAGCAGCACUGAGCCAUCGGUGAGCCCAUUGGGAACCUUCUGCCUUCCACUGAACCCUGCUGCUCCUUUUCCUUUGUCUCCUCUUUGCUACUGUAUAGAGGGGAGGAAGGCAUAAAGAAAAUGAAAUUUUAACUCCUGUGCACCUUUGAAGUGCUUUUCUUCACCUUCUUCCCCUGACCUGCACCGUGUCUGGUUUUCCUUUGCGUUUUGGUGAGGGAGAGGCUGAGAGACUUCAGCAAUUCCUGCAGUUUGAUUUUUGAGCAGCUUCUCUGAGUGUCACCCAAAGUCCUGCACCUUCAUGGACACUGUCACACAGCCAGCCUGGAAACUGAAACUACAGCCUCACGUGGCAUCUCUGCCCAGCAAACAAGGACUUGAAGCAGUUGUUUAAAAGAAAAAACCAAAAAGUGCACACGCAAAUUAAAGAGAAUGCAAUUAGCAUGUUUCCUUAUGGCCCCUCUUCCUUGAGUUCACUGCCUGGCUGUAGGGAGUUGUGCUGAGCAAGCAGUGUCUGCAGCAAGCACCUUCUUGCAUUUUGUUCAAACUCACCCCUCUUAGGAGGUGCACUGGGAGUGAUCUCGAGUGUUAUCGCCAGGAUGAGGAAAGAUUAGGACGGGUUUCUGGCAUGAGGGUUCUUGCCAGGGACAGGUUCUAUCCUGUCUCUCUCUUGCAGGAUGCAUUUUGCUGUGUACUUGAUUUCUCUGGAGGUUUUUGGUCCUUGAACAGUUCACAGCUGCCACCACUCUGUGCUAAACUCUUGCUUGAUUUUUGAGGGGUGUUCCAUAGUUCAGCUGCUGCAGGAUCACAUUCUGUGCUGCUCCAUGUACUUACACAAGCUGGUUCCAUUGAUAAUGAGAGCAAGAGCUCAGACCUGGAAAAUUUAUUUAAAUACUACAAGCCUUAGGCUAGUUGUAGGUCUAGAAGAUCACCCUGAGCACUGUCCUGCCACCCAGCAAGUUUUGAGUCCUUUUCUGUAAUCUUUUCUGUGGACAGGAGGUCUCUUCACAUGCCACAGUGACAUUUUUUUUUAAUUUAAGCUACUACUCGUAAUUAAAGCAACAUAUCUUACAGAGGCUGAAAAGCUAUUUUUGAAUUGAGGUGGACCUUUUUUCUUUUGAAUGCAAGGCAAAUUCCAGGAUUUUUGAAUUCAAGGAAAACCCUGUGGAUUCCUGUCUGCACGCACCUGUUGUGCAUGUGCUUGUUAGAAAAGGGGUUCUUGUGGCCAGUCACUGUCCUUUGGAUGGGCACCAAAGCACUGUGCUUGUUAGAAAAGGGGUUCUUGUGGCCAGUCACUGUCCUUUGGAUGGGCACCAAAGCACUGAUUUCCAUCCUCCUUUGUUUAUUUUACUGUAAUCUCCUUCCUGGAGUACCCUUACCCCAUGAUGUGUCCUUUCUGCUACUCUAAAUGUGUAGCAAUUUGUUCUUUAAAGGGUCUUGUCUUUUCCAGGAAAGCCUGCUGGUGUCAAUGGCUCACCGUGGUGCCAGCAUGGUGCCAAGCACUCCAGAACUAUCAGCCACCCAGGGAAAUCUGCCUUUUCCUCAUCUUUUGAGUGCUCAUUUGAAAUGUGUCUCUCUGCAUGCGUGAAGCGCUCAUGGCACUCCUCUGCCAAAUGAAUUUAUAAUGACUUCAGAAGUUGCUGGAGUGGCUGCAAGGCAAGCCUUGAUAGUUUUCCACUGGUUUUUAUGCUCUGCCCAUAGAGACUGCAUCUGCUGUGCCCUGGGGAGCUGCAGGCCCUGGGCUGGCUAGGUUUGGAACGUGCAUGGUGCAGUGGCUCUCUGAAGAACUCUGCAGGCUCUGAAUAUCUGGGAGUAGUUGGAGUCCUCCAGCUGCAGCAUCCAUUUCUGGUGUGUUACACUUAAGGAGGUGGUGUUCCCUCCAGGCUAGCUGAUUAUUUCACCAGUCUUAAUGAUUACUUUGCUGAGAAAAAAUAGGAAAAUAAUAUUAACAAUGCUGCUGCAGCUUGAGUUGAUGUGUGUAAGAUUUGACAGUAGAUUGAACAGAACAGACGUGGAGCUUGUUCCUUGCUGUGGAAACUGUCAGCCUUCAGUCUUCCAGAUGAGAAACUCAAAGUUCAGAGUCAAAAACUUCCACCCAAUCUGUUUGCAGAGGCUGUAGCACAAAGAAAACACCUUAGCUCUGUGUGGUCUCAGCAACGAACUGUUAACACUCCUGAUGCAGUGCCAGAAGCCAGAGGAAACAACCUAAAAAAAAAGCUGGAUAAGAUUAAUGAGGAGAGUUCAUAAACCUGAGGGGCAGUUGGGAUGGUACAUUGUCUCUCCCACACAAUGUUAGUUUGUCCCGUAAUCCUUUUGUGACUCCCUGGUUGCCAUAAAAAGUAGUUUUUACAACAGAUAAAAGAGGUUUUGCUUUUGAUCAAAGUGCACGUGCACUGAAACAUAAAUGCUCAAAUCUGAGAUAGUCAAAUCCCAACUUCCUCAUAGCUGGAGCAGAGUGCCCAUCCUGGGACUGAAUUUAAAUCCCAACCUCCUCAUAGCUGGAGCAGAGUGCCCAUCCUGGGAUUGAACUUAGUUCCCACAUUGCUGUUUCCUUGGGUAAGUCAACACAGAAGCUUGCAAAGAGCCCCUGGAGCUGAUCUGCAGUGCAGCAUAACUGAUCAAUUCAGUCACCAACACAAAGGCAGAAAUGCAGCAGGUGUUGUGAUAAAAUAAAAGUUCUCCACAAUGUUGCAGAAGAGCUCUGUGUAGCUGAUUCUUGUUGCCCUUAUUUUUACCUAUCCUCUUGUCUGAGGAAUUUGCCUGGCUUGUAGGGAGGAGCAUGGAAAGCAUUAUCUCCACAUACACACAAGUUGCUAGCAGUUGAUACUUCUAGUCAAAAUCCAUUUUCUUUGCUGUUUAUCUGACUUCACAUGUCCUGCUGCUGUCAAAGUCUGCAGCUCACAAAAACUGGUUUUCCAGCAGGAUUUAACUGAAGCUGUUAAUUCCUUCUGUCCACUUCCACCUGCGUGGGCACUACUGGGAAUUGUUUGGGAGUAACUUGGAUUAUUGUAGUCAAUCUCCCAAAUGAGAGGGCUUGGUUUAUAGUUGGGAGAGAAAUAAUGCUGUGCAAUAUGAGCUCCACUCCUCGACUCAGUGCAGAGAAAAUCCUGAAGCCAGAAUGGAAUUAUGUCUCCCACUAUCUGUGGCUGAAAGUCACCACAAUCUAUUUAGACAUUCAGAACCACAGCUAUACCCAAAAUUGCUGUGGGGCUUGGUUUUGAGGGUGUUUUGUUUGUUUUAAAUCUCAUGCUCUUACAUUGUUCAUGGCACAAGCCCAAAUCCCAGGCUGCUCCUGCACCCCGUGUUUAAGCUGGGUUUUACAUUUCAUUUGGCCUUGACUCACCAAUCUGAAAUGCUGGGGCUGCUCCUGGAUGUGUCAGAAAAUUGGGCCUCUGGGUACUUGAGUGUGGACUCCUGCUUGCUCACUUUAAUCUGUUUAGUUUCUAUUUGUAGUUACUGCAUAGCAACUCCAAGGUUAUCAUCUGGAAUAUUUGCAGCUCAGGAAAAUGAUUUGAUUUAUCUAGCAAUGUUAACUCAAUUAUUUAUCUCUUGUGUGCCCUGAAGAACAAAUGUAUAUUGAGGUGAAUAUUUAAAAGCUAAUAGAAAAUUCAAUGCAGUUGAUUUACAUAUUUUAGGACUGUAAAUGUAAUAAUAUUUAAGUAUUUUAACUUUGGGGUUUUUUAUUUGUUUGUCCCUUUUUCCUUUGGAAAAUAAACCAAGUGAAUAGGUUUGAUGGAUAGAUUUGUCAGAGAACUAUUUGCUCACAAAAAUGGAAUCUCCUUGCAUUAUUUGGAGGAAUAGACACCUCUACAAAAUGGGAGAAAAAUCUAUGUAUUUAAAAGCUUCAUCCUGUGUAGUCAAAGUAAAAUAGUAUGACAGAAAACAUUUACACACUCCCAAGCAUGAUUCCAGCACCUUGAGGUGAGCAAAUUCCUGUUUAUUCUGAAGGUUUGUGCUCAUGUGAAGCAAUUAAAGAUUCUAUGCAAAA